CGUCUCCCCUUUGGAACCCAGCACAGAGGAGGAGGAAAGUGCAGAGGUGGGGGAAGAGGGGAGAGGCGCAAGGAGUGCGUCUUGGAGUUAGCUUGGGAAUCGUUGCCAUUCUGAACCCUUCUUUCAACCGCCCCUUUCUCUCCAUCCCACCUGGCUUUAGCUGCAGAAUCUGUUUGAAUGUGAAGUGAGAAUUCUUCUAGAAAGGAAAUGGCUGCCUCUUCAUCAUCCUCCUCAGCUGGCGGGGUCAGUGGAAGUUCCGUCACUGGAUCUGGUUUCAGUGUCUCAGACCUUGCCCCACCACGGAAAGCUCUUUUCACCUACCCCAAAGGAGCUGGAGAGAUGUUAGAAGAUGGCUCUGAGAGAUUUCUCUGUGAAUCGGUUUUCAGCUAUCAAGUAGCAUCUACACUUAAACAGGUGAAACAUGAUCAGCAAGUUGCUCGGAUGGAAAAACUAGCUGGUUUGGUAGAAGAGCUGGAGGCAGAUGAGUGGCGGUUUAAACCCAUCGAGCAACUGCUGGGGUUCACACCCUCUUCAGGUUGACUUUGCCUGGAUAGUCACCUCUGGUGUGCACAGCAAGUGUAGAGCCAGCGAAGGCCUUUUCUUACAGCUUACAUAGCCAUCCAGAGAUUCACAGCUCCGUUGCUGAAUUGUUAAUUCUCAUCCAUACUUGAUUUCUCUCUAUUUAUCCACAAGCAACAAAUAUUUAAAUGUGUGAUGUUGCAGGAAAAAAAUUUGUUCAUUUGUUUAAAAAAGCCUUGAGAGUUAGAUUGAGACAAUCGGUGUCAGGGAACCAGGACGCUUGGGUUUAAGAGAUUUAUAAAACUUCGCAAACCAGGUAGGAGACAUGCCAGAUUUGGCCAACUGAAUGGCGUCUCUCCUGACAUUCAUGCACUGCAUGGAAGCCUCACCAGUCAAGUCCGAGGUCAGGAUCUGGAGUUAUAAAAUUCAGAAUUUCUGACCUAAAACACUUCUCUUUGCAGAUGAAUGUGAUUUCAACUCAGGACCUGUCCAAAUGAGUAAUUUUUAAAUGUUCGGGGUUUUUUCUAUUUUUAGACAUCUAAUUCUAUAGAUUCUAACCCUUUUUCUAACCUCUUCUAGACAUGCCAAAUGCUGGCAAAAAGAAUUGCUUUUUGAAUGUCGAAGCACUUGUAAAAGCAGCGAGCAAAAUCCUUUAAACACAGAAAUCCUGAGUUCAUCUUGUUGGUGGGCUCAAGCAAUUCUGUAGCAAAUAAAUCCUUUGAAAGAGUUCCAAA